AGACGCUAAAAAAAGAAGCCAGAGAAAUCGACGAUAUUCCGAGGCGUAAUGUGAACCUUUCAAUUCGAUUUCAAAAUACGUACUGAUGAAUGUGAUGUGUCAAUUGCAGAUAUCGAAGAGUUGCCAUUUUUGUGUAUGUGUGAAUGGGCUACUGUUCUUGUGAGGUUUCUCUAUGUGCUAGAAUCUUUAACAAUGCUUAGAAAUUUCAGGGUUUAUUUGUUAACGUGGAAUGUUGUUGGACGACCCCCAAUUGAAGACCUUCGGCCCGCACUGGGAUUGUUGGAUCCUGUAGAUCCCUUAAAACUACCAGAUUUAUAUGCUAUUGGUCUUCAAGAAGUGAGCGCCAAACCACAAGAUCGUCUCCUGGACAUCUUGUUUGAUGACCCGUGGAUAAACGCGGCAAAACAGGUUCUCGGAAGAUGGGACUAUGUAAAGCUCAAGCAAGUUCGUCUUCAAGGAAUCGUUUCAAUUAUUUUCUGCAAACGAGCUCAUCUCAUUCACAUAAGGGGGAUCCAAGCGAGGUACACCAGAACAGGACUUGGAGGAGUCUGGGGUAACAAAGGUGGGGUGAGCAUACGAUUUAGUGCUUACGGUUGCUCUAUGUGCAUCGUCAACUGUCAUCUUGCAGCACAUGAUGAAGAAUUGCAGCAAAGAAUCUAUGAAUACAACAAUAUUGUCGACACCCAAAAGUUUGUAGAUCCCCAGAGUAAGAACAUCUUAACACACGACUAUGUUUUCUGGAUGGGAGAUUUAAACUUCAGGAUCAACGAUUUCCAAACUGAAGAAGUCAAAUUAUUGAUUGAAAAAGAAAGUUAUACUCCUCUGCUAGCCAAAGACCAGCUACGUCAGGUAAUGGAGAUAGGAGAGGCCUUCAGUGAAUUCACUUCAGGUAUCCACCUUCAGCCCCUUUAG